AUGGAAUCCAAACCGCCAUCAAAAGAUUCUAUGCGAUCAACAUGGCGGACCGCCCCUCGCAGCGAGUGGAGCAUCACCCACUACUUGCUCCAUAUCCUCAAUGCUCACCCUAUCGACCUAGACAAGGAGAUACCCGUACACAGCAAAGAUGAGAAAGUGCCAUUUAUGCCUCAGUGGUCUCUUCAGCGCUGGGUCCUCUUCUACUCUGCUAUUCCCUUGCUCUUACACGAAGUCUACAUGGCGCUUACUGGUCGCACAGUAGGUCCCAUCACUGCUUUCAACUUCUAUUCGUUGGCCUUCAACAGCACGGUUAUCUACCAAGUCCAUGUGCUUCGCCGGCUGGGUCACAAAUAUGGCUUCCUGGAUGGCGACCAGCACGAACGCGAUGGCGUCCCCGACGUCGGUGUGACCAAAGUGGUAACCUCGCUAUAUAAAACGACUGGCUCGCGUCUGGCUCUCUCCAUCUUCCUAUCCUAUAACCAAACCCAACGACCCUCCGAACUACCCUGGGUGUGGCUCCCACUGAAAAUUGGACUCUAUGGCAUUGUUCUCGAUUUCUGGUUCUACUGGUAUCACCGUCUGAUGCACGACGUGAGCUACUUAUGGAAAUACCAUCGAACCCACCACCUAACCAAACACCCGAACCCACUUCUGGCGGCCUACGCAGAUCACGAACAAGAAUUCUUCGACAUGGUCGGUGUGCCGAUGAUGACUUAUUUUACCCUAAAACUGAUGGGCUUGCCGAUGGGCUUCUAUGAAUGGUGGAUCUGCCACGAAUAUGUCGCGUUCGCCGAAGUUUUCGGUCACAGCGGUCUACGAGUGCACUCGACAGUGCCAUCAACGCUGAGCUGGCUGUUGCAAAUUUUUGAUACUGAGAUUGUCAUUGAGGAUCACGACCUGCACCAUCGCAAGGGAUGGCGCAAGAGUUAUAACUAUGGUAAGCAGACGCGGCUGUGGGAUCGCAUUUUUGGCACUUGCACAGACCGAAUUGAGUCGGUAGCGGAGAAUGUGGACUAUGAGAAUACGGCUACGAUGCCGUUGUUUUGA